GGGGCGGGCGGCGGCUCGGCCGCUCGCGGGCUGGCACGGAGCGGAGCGGCCGUCGGCCACGGCGGAGCGAUGAUCCGCCGGGAAGACACUGAACGGGCAGUGGAAAUUCUGACCAGAUACCAAAGCACCCUGCGGUCCCCGGAGGAGCAGGAGUUAAAAGCUUCUAUUGGAAAAGUUUCGCACAUCUUCCAAAGUGAACUCUUCCAGGCUCUGCUGGAUAUCCAUGAAUUCUACGAUUUCACGCUGCGCUCUGCACCCGAGCAGUCUCCGAGCCUGGAUGCACAUCAUGGCACAGCCAGGCAGCAGCUUGGGGGCAGUGAGCCCAGCUCCACAGUCACACCCACAGAGCCCCAAAACCUGCCUGAGGGCAGCUCCUGGGACCGUGAGCAGAGGCUCGCUGCAGGGGACAGCGCUGCGGGGAUGGCGCCACGGCUGGUGCGGGUGACAGCACGGCGGACAGAGGCACCAGCCAGUGUCUGCAGCCUGGUGCUCAGCUCUCACAGCACCCUGCCCCAGGCCAACCCCGCUCCCAUUAUCGUGAAUACAGACUCGCUGGAACAAGGGCUCUCUAUGAAUGGCAGUGAUGGGAUGUUCAAGUAUGAAGAGAUUGUCUUGGAAAGGGGGAACUCCGGCCUCGGCUUCAGCAUAGCGGGAGGCAUCGACAACCCCCAUGUUCCAGAUGACCCAGGCAUCUUCAUCACCAAGAUCAUCCCUGGGGGAGCGGCAGCCAUGGAUGGCCGUCUAGGGGUGAACGACUGCGUGCUGCGGGUGAACGACGUGGACGUCUCUGAGGUGGUGCACAGCAAAGCUGUGGAGGCCCUGAAGGAAGCAGGCCCCGUGGUGCGGCUCGUGGUGCGCCGCCGGCAGCCCCCGCCAGAGACCAUCAUGGAGGUUAACCUCAUGAAGGGCCCCAAAGGCUUGGGGUUCAGCAUUGCAGGGGGCAUCGGGAACCAGCACAUCCCUGGGGACAACAGCAUCUACAUCACCAAGAUCAUCGAGGGAGGUGCUGCCCAGAAGGAUGGGCGCCUGCAGAUCGGGGACCGGCUGCUUGCGGUGAACAACACAAACCUGCAGGACGUGCGGCACGAGGAGGCAGUGGCCGCCCUGAAGAACACCUCUGACAUGGUGUACCUGAAAGUGGCCAAGCCUGGCAACAUCCACCUCAACGACAUGUACGCGCCCCCCGACUACGCCAGCACCUUCUCAGCCUUGGCUGACAACCACAUAAGCCAUAACUCCAGUCUGGGCUACCUGGGCGGCGUUGAGAGCAAGCCCGCCUAUCCCAUCCCUCCCCAGGUGACUCCGUCGCGGUACUCGCCCAUCCCUCGGCACAUGAUCGGAGAUGAUGACUUCACCAGGGAGCCCCGGAAAAUCAUCCUGCACAAAGGCUCCACCGGCCUGGGCUUCAACAUUGUUGGGGGGGAAGAUGGCGAGGGGAUCUUUGUGUCCUUCAUCCUAGCUGGAGGCCCUGCUGACCUCAGCGGGGAGCUGCGGAGGGGAGACCGUAUCCUUUCGGUGAACGGCGUGAACCUUCGCAACGCCACCCACGAGCAGGCGGCGGCGGCGCUGAAGCGGGCGGGGCAGACGGUGACCAUCAUCGCGCAGUACCGGCCCGAAGAGUACAGCCGCUUCGAGUCCAAGAUCCACGACCUGCGGGAGCAGAUGAUGAACAGCAGCAUGAGCUCGGGCUCGGGCUCGCUCCGCACCAGCGAGAAGAGAUCGCUCUAUGUCCGAGCCCUGUUUGACUAUGACCGGACCCGGGACAGCUGCUUGCCCAGCCAGGGCCUCAGCUUCUCCUACGGGGACAUCCUGCACGUCAUCAACGCCUCCGAUGACGAGUGGUGGCAGGCCAGGCUCGUCACAGCCCACGGCGAGAGCGAGCAGAUUGGGGUCAUCCCCAGCAAGAAGAGGGUGGAAAAGAAGGAGAGAGCACGGUUGAAAACAGUGAAGUUCCACGCCAGGACUGGCAUGAUUGAGUCCAACAGGUCGAUCAAAACGAAACGUAAAAAGAGUUUUCGCCUCUCUCGAAAGUUCCCAUUUUACAAGAGCAAAGAGAACCUGGCCCAGGAGAGCAGCGGACAGGAACAGGGCGUGACAUCAAACACCAGUGACAGCGAGAGCAGUUCCAAAGGACAAGAGGACACCAUCCUGUCGUACGAGCCAGUGACACGGCAAGAAAUUCACUAUGCGAGGCCAGUGAUCAUCCUGGGCCCAACAAAGGACAGAAUUAACGACGACCUCAUCUCUGAAUUCCCACACAAGUUUGGUUCCUGCGUGCCCCACACCACCAGGCCUCGGCGUGAGAACGAGGUGGACGGCCAGGACUACCACUUUGUGGUAUCCCGGGAGCAGAUGGAGAAAGACAUCCAGGACAAUAAGUUCAUAGAGGCUGGGCAGUUCAAUGACAAUCUCUAUGGCACCAGCAUCCAGUCCGUGCGGGCGGUGGCAGAGCGGGGGAAGCACUGCAUCCUGGAUGUGUCUGGCAAUGCUAUCAAGAGGUUGCGACAAGCACAACUUUAUCCCAUUGCCAUUUUCAUCAAACCUAAAUCCAUUGAAGCCCUCAUGGAGAUGAACCGGAGACAGACAUAUGAACAGGCCAACAAGGUCUUUGACAAAGCCAUGAAACUUGAGCAAGAGUUUGGAGAAUAUUUUACAGCCAUCGUACAAGGAGACUCUCUCGAAGAAAUUUACAGCAAAAUCAAACAGAUCAUUGAGGACCAGUCCGGGCACUACAUCUGGGUCCCGUCCCCAGAGAAACUCUGAAGAUGUCUCCCACCUGCUUCCCUGUGAGCAGAAGAUCUCUGAAGUCCCACCCAUCCGAGCCCUCUGCCCCGAGGGGGAGGGAUAUGAAAACUAUUCCUGCUCCCUUUUUUAGAUCGUCGCAAAAUUGAGUUUUCUAGUCCUGUUUUUUUUGUUGGGAUGAACUCAUAUCAUUGAUCACGUGACUGUUCCCACCAUUCCUGCAUGGACCUUCCCACUGCUCCAGUAGAGACAGACAAGAACCCAUUCAAGGUCUUUUUUUAUUAUUAUUAUAUUAUUAUAUUAUUAUUAUUAUUAUUAUUAUUAACUAAACAAAGAAUCAAGAUGGGAGGAGGCAGCUAAGGACUAAUGUAAGAAAACAAGUGAAACAAUGGACUCUGAACACAUGAGCUGGUAUCAGAGCUCCAGGGGCAUUUUUCCAAGUGUGACUGUCUAGCAGCUCUGAACAGUGCGACAGAUGGGCAGCAGAAAGCAUUUUAUUUAUCUGUAUAUGUAAUUUAUAUAUAAUAUAGAGGAGAGAUAUUAUAUAUAUAUUAUAUAUAUAUAUAUGUAUGUGGACUAGGAAAUCUGAGGGACCUCUCUGGAAAGGUGUUGUAUUAUUGCAAGGUUCUUUCAGUUCCUCUGUCCCAAGCACUCGGCGUAGGGAGUCCACUUGGGCAGGAAGAGCUCAAAACGGUACCAGGUGCUUUGGAAACUUCUCCCGUCCAGGCCAGUUCCCUGCAGCCCCCCUGGGUCUGAGACAGGCCAGAGACUGCUACUGCCUGUGCAGGAGGGACCAGAGCAAGGAGCAGCAGCUGGCCUGCAAGAGGCUGGGAGACAGAGACUGAGCAGGAGGCUGCGGAGCAAGAGAAUGGAUGAUGCUACAUAUUAAAUUGCACAUUGUUUUACACACCA